UGGAGAAAGCUUUGAGAGGAGAAGCAGUUGAGCCCUUUGUGGGGAUGCCACGCCGAAGACCCCUCUCCUUCUGCCCCUGCUGUUCCCCUCAAGGCAUGGGCAAGAAGGACGAUCCCAAGCUAAUGCAAGAGUGGUUUAAGCUGGUGCAGGAGAAAAAUGCCCUGGUCCGCUAUGAGUCAGAACUCAUGAUAUUUGCCAGAGAGUUGGAGCUGGAGGACCGACAGAGCCGCCUGCAGCAAGAACUCAGGGAGCGAAUGGCUGUGGAAGACCACCUGAAGUCGGAGAAGGAGCUCAGUCAAGAGAAGCAGAUCUUGAAUGAGAUGCUGGAGGUGGUGGAGCAGCGGGACGCCCUGGUGGCCCUCUUGGAUGAGCAGAGGCUCCGGGAGAAAGAGGAGGACAAGGACCUGGAGGCUGUGAUGCUCUCCAAAGGCUUCAACCUCAACUGGGCUUAGGAGGAAUGAAAUAAUUGCUCCUUUAGCCCUGGGAAAAGAGUUGACUAUACUUGUGAUGGCCGGUCUCUGCCUCACGUGGUCAUCUUGGAUCAGGAUAGUCUGCUGAACACUCGCAGCAGUGAAUGUGUAAAGAUUCCCCCAACACACACUACGACUGCCUCUGACAUGGAAGCAGUAUGCAACGUUUACAUAUCCUCUGCCCAAAGGCAGUUCCAGUUAAUCACUUUGCAGUUUUUUUGCUUGCUCUCGCUCUUUAAGGGUGUAGAAGCGGGUACAUUCACAGCUUUAUCAGCCCAGCCUUGAAGUGGAUCCUCUCGAACAGGCUUUGGGAGAAUGUUUAAAGACUUGUUUCAUUCUCGAUUAUCUAAAAGGGAAGAACGCAGUUCGGUCCUGCUGAUGUAAAGGAAUUGUAAAGAAUUGUGUUUUUGUGUGUAGUGUAAGUAAGUAAGUCACAUUGUCGGCCAAUGAGGGUCAUCUCUUAUUUUUUUUUUCUGAAAAAAAGGACCGCUGCAGAGGCGUGUUUAAUUAAGCGCUGGAGUGAUGUCUCCGGUCUCUAUCUCUGAUUCUCCUUUCCAGUCCGACUGAAGGACGAACAGCCUCUGCUGAAGCUGCCUUUCUAUCCAGUGACAAACUGACCUCUGCAUCAUUAUGAACCAUAAAGACAGCAUAAAAGGCUCCAUUUUCCCCAUCAGUGUUUUUGUGAGUCAACACCAAGAAACCAUUAAAUAUGGCCAUGAUUUUUAAUGUA